AUGAAGGAUGAUGAAAAUGUACCCCCCGUGGUAAGCCAGGAGAGGGAGAGUUUAGUUCCUGACCGAAGAAGUAUGGAGAUAAGGAGCACCAGAGUUGAGGACGGUCUUCAGGAAGGUGAUCUAGAAAGACCGCUACCCCGAGUGGCUGAUCCAUUUUUCCUAGACCCAGAACCAGAGGUGGGAAUUGAAGAUGCCCUGAAGCUAGCGACCUUCAGCAAGUUCAUCAAGGAAUUCAUUGCUGGGAAGACCAAGCCUAAUGGGAAGAUAGUGAUUGGAGAGAACGUGUCAGCUGUGAUACGGAAGAUGAGAAUGCCUUCAAAAUGCAUUGACCUAGGUAUGUUCACCUUACCCAUUUCUCUGGGCGACAUAAAGAUUGAACAUGCUAUGUGUGACCUAGGGGUGUCGAUAAAUGUUUUACCGCUUUCCAUAUAUAAGAAGUUGGUAGGAGUUAGAUUGGUUGACACGAAGGUGGUAAUUCAAUUGGCUGAUAGGACAUGCAUUUCCCCCGAAGGUGUGCUGGAAAACGUAAAAGUUAAAGUGCAUGAUUUUUUGUAUUCGACUGAUUUUCAUGUCAUAAAAUUGAGUGAAAAUGAAUCAGCUGAGCCUAGCGGUGUGCUUUUAGGUAGACCGUUUCUACGAACCGCUAAGACAAUAAUUGAUGUUUUUGAUGGAACCAUAUGCCUGGAUUAUCAUGGGGAGAAAUAUACAUUUAACAAUGAUGAAGCUAUGAAAAAACCGUUAGAUGUUGAAAAUUUGCAUGCUAUCGAUGUUAUUAACGCUCUGGUCCAGGAAUAUCUUGAGACUGAGUUUAUGCAGGAGCAGAUUGAAGAUUCAGAGUUGAGCCACUCUAUUGACAAAGAGGUAGCAGGUUGGUGCGAGUGA